CGCCCCUGGGAUUCUACUGUUUACAGUGCUGGUUCCUUUUCACAUUUAAGAUAUCACAUUUGUUCAUGUAAAAAUGUUUAUUUAUUCAUUUGUAGAAUUUGUUAUUCCUCUAUCAUUGUGUUAGCAUACUCAAGUGUUUGUCUAUUAUUGUAUUGAGAUUUCCCAUUGAGUCAUCCAUCGUUAUCAAUAUGAGUAGCCAGCAUUGGAGGGGGAAGAAAUUAUUGCCAUACCUUAUAUUCUGUACUACAUUCAGUAAAAAUGGGGGACUGUAUAGAUUGUCAUUUGGUUGUCAAAGCUCUCUGGUACUAUCAGCCUCCUGGAGCAAUUGUCUUGUACAUCUCUCUGUCCAUGUGCCUAUAUUUACCGCUGCUUCCUCACGGCAGACAUCACUACUGUUGCCCCUUCCUUUUCAGAUGUGUGUGUGGAAUGUAUAGGGCUGCUGUAACUUCUUCACUUAAACUAAUCACUGCAUAUUGUCCAUUGGCCGUUUCUUAUUCCUAACUGUUACUGUUCCAGGCAUAAACUCACUUGGUGAUACUUCUAUCCUAUCUGGCAGUUUCCAUCUUCAACCUCAUUUCACCUAAUUUCCAGCCUACAGGGAUUCUUCAUGUAAAUUCUGGUCACUGGGAGUUUGCUUUCUUAUUUUUCUACUCUGCUACUCUUAAAGACUGAACAAACAUAUUUGAACUUAUAUUUCUCUAGCAACAUCAGGAAGUGGUGACCCAGGAUGUAAGAGGGCUGCUGAACACACCUGCUUCUUUAAGAUGCUCUCUGCAAAAUCCCCAGGAAGUUUUGAUUGUGACAUGGCAAAAAAUCAAGGCUGUAAGCCCAGAAAACAUGAUCACCUACAGCGAGAACCAUGGGGUUGUAGUCCAGCCUGCCUACAAGGACAAGAUAAACAUCACCCAGCUGGGACUCAUGAACUCAACCAUUACUUUCUGGAAUACCACCUUGGAAGAUGAGGCGUGUUACAAGUGCCUCUUUAAUACCUUUGGUUCUGGAAAGAUCUCAGGAAUAGCCUGCCUCACUCUCUUUGUACAGCCCACAGUAUUUCUUCACUAUAAAUUAUCUGAAGAUCACCUAAAUGUCACUUGCUCUGCCAAUGCUCGCCCAGCCCCUAUGAUCUCCUGGAAAGUCUCUGGGUCAGGGAUUGAGAACAGUACCAAGAUCGUCUCACACCCCAAUGGAACAACAUCUGUCAUCAGCAUCCUCCAGAUCAAAGACCCCAAGAGACAGGUGGGGAAGGAUGUGAUCUGCCAGGUGCUACACCUGGGGACUGUGACCGACUACAGGGAAACUGUGAACAAAGGCUUUUGGUUUUCAGUUCCACUGCUGUUAAGCAUCGUCUCCUUGGUAAUUCUUCUGGUCUUAAUCUCAAUUCUACUCUACUGGAAACGUCAUCGGAACCAAGAUCGAGAGCCCUAGAGGAGUCACACAGAACCCUGAAAGUUAUUUCCUGGUCUGCUUGAAUCUGGCUCAGGAGGCAAGCAGAAGAAAGAGGAUCAUUCUCCAAGGAACCUAAAAGAGCAAAAAAAAAAAAAAAAAAAAAAACAGGAGUCAAAGGCCUAAGAAUUUCAAGACUUUCCACUGCCACGUAGGCCACCCAGUGCUUCUGUGAGUUCCCAGAGGAAGUCAUUUUACCUCUCAGGUCUGUUGUAGGACUUGGUUUUGUAAAAUGAUGUAGUAUUGUGCUGUUGAAAGGAUGCUGGACUUGGAGCCAGGAGCCACCGCUCGGAGGUUGACUUUGACUCCAACUGGUGGCAACUCUGUGUUAAUCAUAUCUCAAUGAACUUUCACAUUUGCAUCCAGAAAGUUAAGAAGUUGGACCAAAUAAUUUUCCAUUCAGCUCUAAAAACAGAUGCAAUUCCAGGGGGAAAAAAAAUGAUAAAGAGGAAAGAAAGAGAGAAGAAUACAGGAAGGUAGGGACCAAAGAACUUUCCUGAGACUGCCUUUUGCCUUUCUGUGGAUAUGCCAUCUCUUCUCCCCUUCUUAUGUGGUCCAUAAGUCUAUUUCCUCAUCACUGGGUAUCUUGUCCACUGCCUGCUCACUGUUUUUGCUAUUAACUGGUCUUUCCAGCAGUCUCAGUUUCACUGCUGUUCCUCAUGUACUUCUGUGAUGUUUACCACAAUGGCAGUGGAACUCAACUUAUUGUGAAGUAACAUUGGCAACCUUAACUUUGCUUAUCUGCUCUUAUAGCAGACUAAAUAUUGUUAGUCUUAUACAGCAGCUUGCAUUUUUUAAAAAGCAUGCAUUUCUCAUCCAUUUGUCUCAUAAUAUGACCCAGCCCUAUUUUAAUCAUUCUAAAUUCAACCUAGUGUGGUGAAAUAUAUUAUGAAAAGAGGUGUUUAGAAAGUUUUCUGAAUAGCAGUCAGUUAAUUCAAAUGCUUUGCCUCCCCCAACUUUUUUUCUCACAAGGUAACUUGUCACAAUAGCAGAGGAAGCAUGUAUGGCUGUACAAAUUCCUUUGUCAUAAACAUAUUGUUCUAACUAGUGGAACAGUUUUGAACUCUUAAAUCAUCAUUGGACCAAGCUGGUGACUUUUUCAGUAUCUUUUGCUUUCUUGUCUGUAUCCAGUGACCUAGGAACUAAACCUUAAGUUGUCUUUAUUGUUGUAUUGACUAUUUAUAUAUUUAGUAAGCUUUUUGUAUGUUAUUUAAUUAUGUAUUAUUUCAUAUAUUUGUAUUAACAUACUAAAUAAUUAAAAGUGUUUAACUAUU